GCUGAGUAGCAGACAUUCAUCCUGCAGCUUUACACUGUUCACCACAGGUUUUCUUUGCUCCAGUUUCUUUAGAGAGAGCGCUGCAGAGAUGGUCAUGAGGAGUCUGGUGUUUCUGCUGCUGCUGGCUGUGAGCAGCGCCAAAGUGUUUGAGCACUGCGAAUGGGCGCGAGUGUUGAAGAGUCAUGGGAUGGACGGAUACCAAGGCGUCACCCUGGCUGGUUGGGUGUGCCUGUCUCAGUGGGAGUCCAGCUUUAACACCAAAGCCACCAGCAAAAAUGGAGACGGCUCCACAGACUACGGCAUCUUCCAGAUCAACAGCCGCUAUUGGUGCGAGGACGGCUCCUAUUCAAGCAACGGCUGCAACAUCAAAUGCAGCAGUCAGUGA